CCACCGCCCGAGCAGCCGAGCCGAGCCCGCCCCGCGGACGACCCCACUGAAGCUGCACCAAGAUGUGCGACGACGAGGAGACCACCGCCCUGGUGUGCGACAACGGCUCCGGGCUGGUGAAGGCCGGCUUCGCGGGCGACGACGCGCCCCGCGCGGUCUUCCCUUCCAUCGUGGGCCGCCCGCGCCACCAGGGAGUCAUGGUGGGUAUGGGUCAGAAGGAUUCCUACGUAGGUGAUGAGGCCCAGAGCAAGCGAGGUAUCCUGACUCUCAAGUACCCCAUUGAGCACGGCAUCAUCACCAACUGGGAUGACAUGGAGAAGAUCUGGCACCAUACCUUCUACAAUGAGCUCCGCGUGGCCCCUGAGGAACACCCCACUCUGCUCACUGAGGCCCCACUGAACCCCAAGGCCAACCGUGAGAAGAUGACCCAGAUCAUGUUUGAGACCUUCAAUGUCCCUGCCAUGUAUGUGGCCAUCCAGGCGGUGCUGUCCCUGUAUGCCUCUGGCCGUACCACAGGCAUUGUUCUGGACUCUGGGGAUGGCGUAACCCACAACGUCCCCAUCUACGAGGGCUAUGCUUUGCCCCAUGCCAUCAUGCGUCUGGAUCUAGCUGGUCGGGAUCUCACUGACUACCUCAUGAAGAUCCUCACUGAGCGCGGCUACUCCUUUGUCACCACCGCUGAACGUGAAAUUGUUCGCGAUAUUAAGGAGAAGUUGUGCUAUGUCGCUCUGGAUUUUGAGAAUGAGAUGGCUACGGCUGCUUCUUCCUCCUCCCUGGAGAAGAGCUAUGAGCUGCCUGACGGCCAAGUCAUCACUAUUGGCAAUGAACGCUUCCGCUGCCCUGAGACGCUCUUCCAGCCCUCCUUCAUUGGUAUGGAAUCUGCUGGCAUCCAUGAAACAACUUACAACAGCAUCAUGAAAUGUGACAUUGAUAUUCGCAAGGACCUGUAUGCCAACAAUGUCUUAUCUGGAGGUACCACCAUGUACCCUGGUAUUGCUGAUCGCAUGCAAAAGGAAAUCACUGCCCUGGCUCCCAGCACCAUGAAGAUCAAGAUUAUUGCUCCCCCUGAGCGUAAGUACUCUGUCUGGAUUGGGGGCUCCAUCCUGGCCUCCCUGUCCACCUUCCAGCAGAUGUGGAUUAGCAAGCAAGAGUAUGAUGAGGCAGGACCAUCCAUUGUCCACCGCAAAUGCUUCUAAGGUGCCUUCUCUCUUAGUCUACCUUAUGUUCAGGACGACAGUAUGAUGCUUCUUGGAGUCUUCUGAACCACCCUCCCUCAUCUCUCAUCAAUCAUUGUACAGUUUGUUUACACACGUGCAAUUUAUUUGUGCUUCUAAUAUUUAUUGCUUUAUAAAUAAACCAGACCAGGACU